AUGGCUUCCGAUCUUGAUUCGAUUAAAAAGAACGAUUCUGGAGAUCCAGUUCAAUUUAGUAUGAGGACGGAUAAAAAUAAGAUUAAAAAUCAGAUCAAACAACCUACGAAUGUUAGAACUACACUGUUGGUGGACUACCAACCUGACGUUUGCAAGGAUUACAAGCAGACGGGAUUUUGUGGUUAUGGUGAUAGUUGUAAAUUUCUUCACUCUAGAGAUGAUUUUAAAGCAGGUUGGAAAUUAAAUCAAGAUUGGAAAAUUAGUGACGAUGAUGAUAAUAAAAAUAACGAUAAUGGAGGUUUAGAUGAUAAGAUAACGGACAUUCCGUUCAAGUGUGUGAUAUGUAAAGAUGAUUAUAAAACACCUAUUGUUACCAAUUGUAACCAUUAUUUUUGUAGCAAAUGUUUUACAGAUAGAGUGAGGAAAGAUACCAAUUGUUUUAUAUGCGGCAAAGAGACAAAUGGUACUGCUAAAUCAGCUAAAACACUACAGAAAUUAUUAAAAGAUAGAGACCAAAAUAAGUGA